GGGCAGAGGGCUUCGCUCCGGUUUAAAAUGAAGCCUCUUUGAAUCCUAACGGCUGCUGAGCGCUCGGGAGGACGCGGCGGCCCGCGGUCAGCGGCUGGGCGGCCGGCAGGCACCAUGGACCAAGCUGAAGAGAACUGCGUCUCAGGACCCGGGAAGGCGACAGCUCCCGUCGGCGAGGGCCCUAAGCGUGUCCUGGUGAGGCCGCAGCCCCGGAACCCACAGUGUGCGGGCGGCGGCCAGGCCCAGCGCGUGCUCUGUCCUUCCAACUCCGCCCAGCGCCUGCCCGCGCAGGCCCAGAAAUGUGUCCCCAGCCACAAGCCGGUUCAGACUCUGAAGCAGAAGCCGCCGCAGGCGACAGGUGCACCUCAUCCUGCCUCCCGCCUGCAGAGCAGCGCCCCCCGGAGCGAGCAGGGUGCGCCGCCAGCCCCCGCAGGAAAUAAUCCUGAGAAGGAACUGCCGUCAAAGCAGAAAAGCGAAGACUCAAAAAGGCGGCAGUGGACUCUGGAUGACUUUGAGAUCGGCCGCCCGCUGGGCAAGGGCAAGUUCGGGAACGUGUACCUGGCCCGGGAGAAGCAGAGCAAGUUCAUCCUGGCGCUGAAGGUGCUGUUCAAGGCCCAGCUGGAGAAGGCGGGCGUCGAGCACCAGCUGCGCAGGGAGGUGGAGAUCCAGUCCCACCUCAGGCACCCGAACAUCCUCAGGAUGUACGGCUACUUCCACGACGCCACCCGAGUCUACCUGAUUCUCGAGUACGCACCUCUCGGAGCCGUCUACCGGGAGCUUCAGAAACUGUCGAAAUUCGAUGAGCAGAGGACAGCGACCUACAUCACGGAGCUGGCCGACGCCCUGUCCUACUGCCACUCGAAGAGAGUCAUCCACCGGGACAUCAAGCCCGAGAAUCUGCUGCUGGGCUCGUCCGGGGAGCUCAAGAUUGCGGAUUUCGGCUGGUCCGUGCACGCCCCGUCCUCCAGGAGAACCACCCUGUGCGGCACCCUCGACUACCUGCCCCCCGAGAUGAUCGAGGGCCGGAUGCACGACGAGAAAGUGGAUCUCUGGAGCCUCGGCGUCCUGUGCUACGAGUUCCUCGUCGGGAAGCCGCCUUUCGAGGCCACCACGUACCAGGAGACGUACCGGAGGAUAUCGCGGGUCGAGAUCACCUUCCCCGACUUUGUCACCGAAGGAGCCCGGGACCUCAUCUCGCGGCUGCUGAAGCAUGCGCCCAGCCAGCGGCCCGCGCUCAAGGAGGUGCUCGCGCACCCCUGGAUCACGGCCAACUCCACCAAGACACCCGGUGGCCAGAAGAGCAAAGAAGCAUCUAGCAAAAACUCUUGAGACUGGCAGGGAGACGCUCGCCCCGGCCAGCCUGCGACCGCCCAGCCCACAGUGCUCCCCAGGCCGUGCUCUCUGCGGCCGGCAGAGUCCCGCAGCCAGUGGCCCUCCGAAGUGGAAUGAACCGUGAGGGCCGCUGGGCGUCACUGCAUUCCUGCGGCGGGGCGAGGCCGAGGGCCGCCUGGACGGGACCCCGGCGUCCGACGGGGGCAGCGGCCGCCUGCCCCGCCCGCCCGCCCACCCGGUCAGAGCUGUGCAAUAACUCCCACGGCCCCGUGUACGAGUGUAACUUAUUGGCUGCCAAGCCUGGUCAACUGUCGAGUGACUCCGAUUCUCCCUUUUAAGUGUUA